ACCGCAGGGACAGUCGCUCACGGAGCCGCAGGUUCAGAUGUUCAGUCCGGAUGUUCAGCAAACACACGCCCACCAAUUCGCCGUAGUAGGAACCGCAGGGACAGAUGCUCACGGAGCCACAGGUCCGGAUGUUCACGGCUUCCACAGCUCAGAGUUGGCACUUGUAAGAACCGCAGGGACGGAUGCUCACGGAGCCGCAGGUCCGGAUGUUCAGUGCAAACACACCCACAACGCAGAGUCCGCCGUAAUAGGAACCGCAGGGACAGAUGCUCACGGAGCCACAGGUCCGGAUGUUCACGGCUUCCGCAGCACAGAGUUGGCACUUGUAAGAACCGUAGGGACGGAUGCUCACGGAGCCGCAGGCUCCCAAAAAUCGGGGCUCGUUGGGAUCACGGGUCGGCUCGAUGGCCUCGAUAUGGAGGGGUUUCGAGUGAUAGGUCGCAGAGAAGCUCUCGAUGGCACGAACAAAAAGAAGCCCUCAACAACCCAGAACUCGAUCAGACAGAAAGAGAGCGCACCCUCUACCUUCUCGCAAAAACGGGAACGAACAUGAUGCGCGAACACGGAGGACGCAUAGGCGACGUAGCGCGCUGCUUGGGUGGUAACAUGGUGACCCCCCCAGUAGACCCCGCAGCCGUCAGAGACUAUUUCGGAAGGCGGAAGGGGUUUCCACAAAUCGAAGAACUGAUGACUAUCAUUACGGGGGGCGUGCCGGUUAUCACCGAGACCUCAAGCACAGACUUAGAGCGUGCGCUGCGUUACGG